CUCCAGCUCGCAGGGAUCUCGGUCCGCGGUCGGCUGCCGGGCCGCCCUCCUUGGCAAGCGGUCCGCGGGCGCCGGGCCCCUGUGCGGGCGCCAUGGGGCCGGAGAGGAAGACCAGAGGCCGCGCGGCCUUCUGCUGCGCCGGGGUGCUGGCGGCGCUGGCAGCUGCGAUGGUGGCGCAGCGCUGCUUCGCCGUGUCGGGCCCGCCGCCGCUGCCCGCCGCCCCGGCGGCGCAGCGCCAACAGCCUCCCUCGUGCGGCCACGGCGCUGGCGGCGCCCUCUGCGCCGGGGGCGCGGGGCAGCUGGCCGCGGCGGGCGCGCCCCCUCUGGCCGUCGGCGGCCCGGCGGCGUUCGCCGGCGGCGCGCGGCAGACCGAGACGCGCGAGGUCGGCGUGCAGAUGCAGAACGGCAAGAAGGGCCGAGCAGAUUCGUCCCCCGGCUGGUCGAAUUACAAGGGCUUCCGCAUCCACUCCGAGAUGGCGCGCAUGGCCACGAGGAAGGGCAGGAAGAUGACCAAGAGGAAGAUCAUGAGGGGCCAGAAGACGAACCUGUUCCCGGGGAACUACGAAAGCCACAAGUUCGCCAGGAUCCAGAAGAUGCCGACGAGCCGGAAGCGGUGAGGGGGCCUCUGCCGCGGCCCCUGCGCGCCUCCGCUCCCGCGGCGCCGCCGUUCCUGGCCACGGCGGCGCGGGGGCCCCGCCCACGGCGGCGGCCGCUCGUCGGGGGGUCCUGCUGCGGUCUGCGUUCGCUCGGCUCGGUCAUGGAAGGACCCACGUUCACGGGACGGCACCGCCGAGCCCCCCUGCUGGGCCCCCGCGCCCAACCGCCGCGCCGUUUCGAGGACGCGACCACGGGCGGUGCGAGAGAAAGAGUGCCCAGGUGCGGUCG